AAGAUAGUGAGGAGUUUGCUGCACCCAUGUUUGACUUCUGGAAGAAGUUGGGCCUUGUGCAAGUAAAGGAGGUGGAUGAAUCAUUUUCACAAACGAUGCUAAUGGCGAGCAGUCCUGCAGAGUGGAAAUCAAGGGGUAUAAAGCUUUACCGGGAGAACAAGUAUCAGAUGGCAACCAUGUGCUUUGAAAGGGCAGGAGAUACAAAUUGGGAGAAACGGGCCAAGGCUGCUGGCCUGAGGGCAACCGCUGAUCACCUGCGUGAGUCAAAUCCUCAAGAGGCUUGUACAAUCCUCAGACAGGCUGCUGAGUUGUUUGACUUCAUUGGCAGAGCUGAGUCUGCUGCUGAAUGCUUCUGUGAUUUGGGGGAUUACGAAAGAGCAGGAAGAAUUUACUUUGAUAAAUGUAGAGAUCCUAAAAAAGCAGGUGAUUGUUUCACUUCGGCUAAAAGUUAUAAACUUGCAGCGAAGGCUUAUGCUGAUGGCAAUUACUUCUUGGAGUGUUUGUCCGCAUGUACUCAGGGUAAUCUUUUUGAAUUGGGAAGGCAAUAUAUUAAGAAAUGGAAACAGGCUGCUCCUGGUGGUAAUGGUACCGCAAAACAAAGUAAGGAAAUCGAAAAAGCGAACAAGAGUUUUUGGAGAGUUGCGCUUUGA